AUGAUCUACUCGACCACCACUAUGGUUACCGCCGGACAACUGUGGGAAGGAAAAAAGAAGGUAGUGAAAGAACUCGAGGCGGCGCAGAUGAAAGCAGCGAAAAUCAUCCUAGGAUGCGACAAGCGCACAAGUCAUGCAGCCGUCAGGGCAGAGUUGGGGAUCCAAUCCCUACGGUCGGGAGGAAACGCGGGGAAGCUGACAUGGCAGUAUCGUAUGUGCGGGAUGGGAGAGGAGAGGUUGCCGAGAAUUGAAUGGGACGCGAAGUGGGCAAACACAAAGAGGGGUAGACAACCCACGGAAUGGGUCAAGGUUGUAGAGGACGUAUGGAAGGGGCUCGACAUCGACGAAGAUGAAACGCUGGAAACGGAGGGUCUACAGGGGUUCAAGGAGAAGAUAUCUGUUGCUUGUGCCGAGAGAGAAGAACAGAAUCUGAGGAAAGAAUCCAAGGAUAAGGAGGGUCUAGAAGUGUACGGAAUGUUGAAGGAAGGAAUAGGGUUCAAGGACUACCUACAUGGACCAAUGGAUGCAGGAACAAAGCUUAAGGUCAAAUUCAGGACCGGGGAUAUAGGCCUUCGAGAACGUCGACAAAGACAUGGGACAGUA